AUGCUCAAUGCCCCAUGCUCCAUGCCCAUGCUCAUGCCCCAUGCUCAUGCCCCAUGCUCAUUGCCCCAUGCCCCAUGCUCAUGCCCCAUGCUCAUGCCCCAUGCUCAUGCCCCAUGCUCAUGCCCCAUGCCAUCACCAUCCGCCCCCAUGCUCAUGCCCCAUGGCAUCCAUGCCCCAUGCUCAUGCCCCAUGCCUCAUGCCCCCCCCAUGCUCAUGCCCUCAUGCCCCUGCUCAUGCCCCAUGCUCAUGCCCCAUGCUCAUGCCCCAUGCUUCAUGCCCAAUGCUCAUGCACCAUGCUCAUGCCCCAUGCUGCAUGCCCCAUGCUCAUGCCCCAUGCUUCAUGCCCCAUGCUCAUGCCCCAUGCUCAUGCCCCAUGCUCAUAGCCCCCCCAUGCUCAUGCCCCAUGCUCAUGCCCCAUUCUCAUGCCCCAUGCUCAUGCCCCAUGCUCAUGCCCCAUGCUCAUGCCCCAUGCUCAUGCCCCAUGCUCCCUGCCCCAUGCUCAAUGCCCCAUGCUCAUGCCCCAUGGCCCCUGCUCAUAGCCCCAUGCUCAGCCAUGCUCGCCCAUGCUCAUGCCCCCAUGCUCAUGGCCCCAUUGCUCAUGCCCCAUGCUCAUGCCCCUGCUCAUGCCCCAUGCUCAUGCCCCAUGCUCAUGCCCCAUGCUCAUGCCCCAUGCUCAUGCCCCAUGCUCAUGCCCCAUGCUCAUGCCCCAUGCUCAUGCCCCAUGCUCAUGCCCCAUGCUCAUGCCCCAUGCUCAUGCCCCAUGCUCAUGCCCCAUGCUCAUGCCCCAUGCUCAUGCCCCAUGCUCAUGCCCCAUGCUCAUGCCCCAUGCUCAUGCCCCAUGCUCAUGCCCCAUGCUCAUGCCCCAUGCUCAUGCCCCAUGCUCAUGCCCCAUGCUCAUGCCCCAUGCUCAUGCCCCAUGCUCAUGCCCCAUGCUCAUGCCCCAUGCUCAUGCCCCAUGCUCAUGCCCCAUGCUCAUGCCCCAUGCUCAUGCCCCAUGCUCAUGCCCCAUGCUCAUGCCCCAUGCUCAUGCCCCAUGCUCAUGCCCCAUGCUCAUGCCCCAUGCUCAUGCCCCAUGCUCAUGCCCCAUGCUCAUGCCCCAUGCUCAUGCCCCAUGCUCAUGCCCCAUGCUCAUGCCCCAUGCUCAUGCCCCAUGCUCAUGCCCCAUGCUCAUGCCCCAUGCUCAUGCCCCAUGCUCAUGCCCCAUGCUCAUGCCCCAUGCUCAUGCCCCAUUUCCCAUGGCCAUGCCCCAUGCUCCGUGCCACAUGCCCCAUACCCUAUGCCUACCCACAGGCCGAUGUGGGGUUCUCAGGGUUCCGCUUUGACUAUGGCAAGGGGUACAGCGCAGAGUAUGUGCGGGGGUAUGUGCAGGGGGCACGCCUGCGCCUGUGUGUGGGCGAGUACUGGGACACCUGUAACUACGUCGGGGCACAAUACGACCUCGAUUACGACCAGGGUUGUGGGCAUGUCUGUGUCUGGGCACGCCUGCGCCUGUGUGUGGGCGAGUACUGGGACACCUGCAACUACAUUGGGGCGCAAUACGACCUUGAUUAUGACCAGGGUUGUGGGCAUGUCUGUGUCGGGGCACGCCUGCGCCUGUGUGUGGGCGAGUACUGGGACACCUGCAACUACAUUGGGGCGCAAUACGACCUUGAUUAUGACCAGGGUGGGGUGCGCCUGUGUGUGGGCGAGUACUGGGACACCUGCAACUACGUCGGGGCUCAGUACGACCUUGACUACGACCAGGGUGGGUGGGAGGGUGAGGGGCCAGACUCGCACCGGGGGCGCAUAGUGGAGUGGGUUGAAGGGGCGGGCAGGCUGGCAGCGGUCUUUGACUUCACCACUAAAGCCAUUCUGCAGGAGGCAGUGAAAAGGAAGGAGUGGUGGCGGCUAAAGGACAAGGAAGGCCGCCCGCCAGGCGUGAUGGGCCUGCUGCCCUCUCAUGCCGUCACAUUUGUCGAUAAUCAUGACACCGGCUCCACUCAGGCUCAUUGGCCAUUCCCCUCUCAUGCUGUCAUCCAGGGCUAUGCAUACAUCCUCACACACCCGGGCAUUCCGUCCGUGUUUUACGACCAUUUCUUUGACUGGGGCACGGAUCUCAAGAAUCAGAUCCAGCAACUGAUUGAUGCUCGGAGGAGGGCAGGCAUACAUAGCCGUUCUUUGAUCCAGAUACUGGCAGCAGAUGACAGCAGAUAUGCCGCCAUCGUUGGGGGGAAUUUGUGUGUGAAGAUUGGAGAUGGGGAGUGGAGCCCUGAGCUCCAUCUGGGAGUCAACAGCGUGGAGGUUUCAGAACCAGUAGCAUCAGAGGACGGUGCCUUGUCCCCACCUUCACUGCACACAUUGCUUCCCUCCCUUCCCCCACCCAACCCUCAUCAGAGCUCCAUCUGGGCGUGGAGCAGCGUGAAGUGCCUCAUCCCACAUUCAGAGCGCUCCCCACCACCCCUCCCUUUCCCCACCCAACCAUCAUCAGAGCUCCAUCUGGGAGUCAACAGCGUGGACGUUUCAGAACCAGUAGCAUCAGGGGUGGGCGUGCUGCAUUUGUUUGCAUCGCACGCACGAGCCUUCCGACCCGGGCCCACUUCCCUUUUCCGUUCCUUCCCAAACUCCUGUGCAGAGCUUCAUCUGGGAGUCAACAGCGUGGACGUUUCAGAACCAGUAGCAUCAGGGGUGGACGGUGGCACCACCCCUGUCUGCAUCGCUCGCACGCGUCUCCCCGCUCGGCCGCGCCUGAGGGGCGUGUCUCGCGGGUUCCACGUGCUCAGAGUCACGGCCACCAUCCCUGCUGUGGGAAUGCCACGUGGCGCUUUUUCCCCCCCCGCGCCCAAGUUCGAGUUCUGCGUGCAUUGGAAUGCCUCGCAGCCCCUAGGGGAGUGCCCAAGGGGGGCAUGGCGAGCAGCGGACAGGAAGGGGAGGUGGGUGGUGCUGCGGUCGCCUUUCGAGGGCGCGUUCAUUGAUGUGAAACGAGAGGGUGGGGUCGUUGGGGAUCAUGACGUCAGCAUCAAAGUAGACGAAGACCUGGAGCCUCAUCGGGUGGUGUUCUUUGUCCUGGGGUUCCUGCUCAUGCUGCUGGCGGGCCAUCUAAGCUCUAUGGUAGCGUUCUACUACGGAGGGGGCAUGACGUUGGGUGUGCUGCUCGUGGUCAUCGUUAUCCUCUACCAGGUCUCCAUGGUAGCGCUCUACUACGGAGGGGGCAUGACGCUGGGUGUGCUGCUGGUGGUCAUCGUUAUCCUCUACCAGCUCCAUGGUAGCGUUCUACUACGGAGGGGGCAUGACGCUGGGUGUGCUGCUGGUGGUCAUCGUUAUCCUCUACCAGGUGUGUGUGUGGUGUAUCUGUGGCGUAUCUCCAUGGUAGCGUUCUACUACGGAGGGGGCAUGACGCUGGGUGUGCUGCUGGUGGUCAUCGUUAUCCUCUACCAGGUCUCCAUGGUAGCGUUCUACUACGGAGGGGGCAUGACGCUGGGUGUGCUGCUGGUGGUCAUCGUUAUCCUCUACCAGGUCUCCAUGGUGGCCUUCUACUACGGAGGGGGCAUGACGCUGGGCGUGCUGCUCGUGGUCAUCGUGAUCCUGUACCAGGUCAUGCGGUUGCUGCCCCUGGGUCGCAAGAGCAGCCUUCAGAUCCUCCUCUAUGGCUCGCUGAUGGGGUUCAUAGGUGUGAUCAUAACGUACGUCUCGGGGGCGGUCAAGACUGUCAUGGAGCCUCUAGGCCUUGGUGAUGACGUCAUCUCUCCGGUGGUGGUGUUUGUGCUUGUACUGGUGGUGCUUAUAGGAGCAGCGCUGGGUUUCUGGGUGGUGCGGAAAUUCAUCCUCUCGCCCACAGGGGAGCUCGACCCCCCUACAGUGUCCUUCGUAAAAUGGGGGCUCAGAAUAAUUGCAGCUACACUGCUUAUCAUGAGUUCAGCGGAUGCCAUCAUAGCCACGUCCCUCCUCCUCCUCUCCCUCACCACCACCCUCCUCCUGCACCUCCUCUCCCCCCGCGCCCUCGCCCUCCUCUCCCCCUCCGCCACACCCUCUGCCACCCCCACCACCUCCUUCCUUGCCCGUGCUUGCGUUCGGAAAGGCGAGCAAGCAGCAGAGCAGGAAGGGGAGGUGGGGGGGAUGGGGGGGAUUGGGGGUGCCUUUUCUCCCCCCCAGCAAUACGGCACACCCCCUCAGGGGCCAAUGGGAGGAGUGGGGGGGGGCCAGGGGUAUAUGACACCCACGAGGGGGGUUGAAGCGUCGCCUUACAUGCGCAUGGGAACGCCCUUCCAGGGACCACCAGGUACGGCGUUUGAGACGUCUCAAAACUGGGAGGUACGCCGCGCACUCCUCUCCCCUCCUCCCCACUCGCUCGUACCAUCUGCCCCUCCUCCAACCACCGCACGCCACACCGCCGCCACCUCACCCCGGCACAGGCAGCAGCAAUCUCACACCAGCACGCCUCGCACCCCCUCCUCCCCUCUCUCCCGCUCGGUCUGUCCCUCCUCCUUCCACCGCACGCCACACCGCCGCCACCUCACCCCGGCACAGGCAGCAGCAAUCUCACACCAGUGCACCCACGCUGCCCUGCAAGAUCUGGCUUAUUCCCCCGGGUUCGGGCAGUGGGUGCUGCAUAACUUUGACCGGAUAGCUAUUACCCCGAGGAUUCUGAGGGAGGAGCGGAGUGAGGGGGAGAUUGCUGCUACAGCUGAGAUGGAGGAGGGGUUUGAGGAGGAGGGGUAG